AGACCGGUUGGUGGGCGGCCAGGAGCCCAGGAUGUGACUUCCCUCGGGGCUCCUCGUGGCCGCUAUAGGUAUCACUAUCUGUUGGCUGGAACGCAGGUCUUGGAUUCCAUUCUUGAGACAAGAAAGACGUGGCGAAGGCCCGGAGGUGAGGCCUCUGCCGCCGCACUUAUUCUUGCGGCUCCCCAGGGACGGGCCGAAGAAUGGCGGGCUAGUCACCUCCGGGUCCUGUCCCCUCGGGGCCGGAAAAGACUCCUCUUGUCGGAACCAGGGGUCACUUCCCUAGCUGCACUAGCCUAUCUGUAGACAGCGGCCCUGACGGACCAAACACAUUUUAUGAGCAUUUUCUUUCUUUUAUUUUUUCAAUAUUUUUUUGGCUUUUCUGAGAGUUUAAAUCAGCUACCGCUGCAAGGCUUUGUGCUGUUAGUCUUAUCAUAGGCAUGGUCUUUGCAUUGCCCAAAAUGUAAGUGCCAGUGCAUCCUUCUCUGCUUCUGUUAAAGUGGUCCUCUUUAUUUGAGUGCGGUGCUCUACUAUUACAUUUAUUUGACAACUAUUUACUACUUAGGCUGUCUCCUAACUCUACUUGAUUUUAAAGAAAAAUAACUGCUAACAUAAAUUGAGCGCUUACUUGUGCCAUCGUGGUGCUAAACUUAUAAAAUGGAUUGUCUCACUGAUCCUGAGAACCCUUUGAGGUUAUUCUCCCAGACAAGAAUAGAAGCAGCCAAGGAGGAUGCUGUUGAACCAGUUAGAAGGCUUUUAUCAUCAUCCCAGCAAGAUAUGAUAAUGUGGACUUGGGAAAUGGCAGAGAAGAUGCAAAACAGAGGACGGAUUUCGGAGGUCCACAAUCUCUACUCUGCAAUCCCAAAAUAAGACAAAAACAGAAAACACGCUGAAACUCAAAAGUGUUUUGUGAGUUUGGCACUGGGAAUCUUUGACAACAAAACAAACUGUGGAUAAACAUGAAGCCUCCAUUUUCUCACUACUCAUAUCCAUUCAACACACAUACCUCUGUUAUUUGCUGACGUUUUGUGACUUGGGAAUUAAUAGCAUUGGAAAAUGUCCAAAAGAGUUAAAGAUAUACCAACGGAUAAUGGUGAGAAGAAGAAAAGGAAGCAUCUGUCUUUAUCAAUAGCUCAGAAAGUAGAGUUAUUACAGAAGCUUGAUGCUGGUGUGUCUGUAAGGUGUCUUACAGAAGAAUAUGGUGUGGGGACCACCACCAUAUAUGACUUAAAGAAACAGAAAGACAAAUUGCUGAAAUUUUACAGUGACAGUGAUAACCAAGAACUAAUGAAAAACAGAAAAACAUUACAUAGGGCCAAAAAUGAAGAUCUUGACCGUGUGUUAAUUGAAUGGAUUCGACAACAAAGAAGCAAAGAUAUGCCCCUGACUGGUUUAUUGGUCAUGAAACAAGCUAGAAUAUACCAUGAAGAACUGAACAUUGAAAGCGAGUGUGAAUAUUCAGAAGGGUGGCUGCAAAAAUUUAAAAAGCGUCAUGGAAUCAAAUAUCUUAAAAUGUGCGGUGAAAAAGCUUCUGUGGAUCAUGAAACAGCUGAAAAUUACAUUGAUGAAUUUGCUAAGAUAAUAUCUGAUGGAAACCUUAGCCCUGAACAAAUUUACAAUGCUGAUGAAACAGCUCUGUUUUGGUGCUAUGUUCCUAGAAAAACCUUAAUCAUGGCCGAUGAAAAGGUACCAACAGAUUUCAAGGAUGCCAAGCAAAGGUUAACUGUUCUUGGAUGUGCUAAUGCUGCAGGUACACAUAAGAUAAAACUGGCAGUGAUUGGGAAAAGCCUACCUCCAAAAUGUUUAAAAGGUACUGGCAGCUUACCUGUGCAUUAUUAUGCAAACAAAAAAGCAUCAGUAACCAGAGAAAUCUUUUCUGAUUGGUUCAAUAAGCACUUUGUGCCAGCAGCACGAGCUCAUUGCAAGCAAGCCGGACUAGAAGACAAUUGCAAAAUUUUACUGUUCCUAGACAACUGUUCAGCACAUCCCCCUCCAGAACUUCUUGUGAAAAGUAAUGUUUUCAGCAUCUUCCUUCCCCUGAAUGUGACAUCCGUAAUACAGCCUUGUGACCAAGGAAUUUUACGCUCCAUGAAGAGCAAAUAUAAACACUUUUUCUUAAACAGCAUGCUUGCUUCAGUGAACAGAGGCCUGAAAAUCCAGGACUUCCUUAAACAAUUUAGACUUAAGGAUGCCAUCUAUGCAAUUGCUAAUGCAUGGAAUGAUGUUGAUAAGUCAACAUUAACAAAUGCUUGGCACAGACUUUGGGCUACAAUGAUGUUUGAAAAUGACCUUGCUGAUGAGGAUUUUGAAGGAUUUAGAGAUUCUAAUGAGAAGAUCAUGAUAUCAAAACUUAUUACUUAUGCCAAAAGUUUAUCAGCUGAAAGUGUAAAUAAGUUAGAAGAAGCUGACAUUGAAGAAAUACUGAACAUUGAUAAUGAUGUACCCGUUGUGCAUCCUUUGAGCGAGGGGGAUUUUGCUGAAAUGGGUGUAAAUACAAAUCAGUAUGAAGAUAGUAGCAGUCACGAUGAUGACAUGAACACAGGUGAAAAAAUCUCUAUAGAACACCUGGUGAAAAUGUGUGACCAGUUAAUUGCUGGUCUUGAACAAUGUGCAUUCAUCAGUGAGCAAGAGACCAUGGCGAUUUACUCAAUUAAAGAGAAAUUGCUUAGACAAAAACCUGUGUUAAGGAGGCAGAUGACACUGGAAAAGGCCUUUUAAAAAGUUCUCUUCUAUGUCACUUGAGAAUCCUGUUUCUGGCUCAUUAUGUCUAGCUGCCUCCUGGUUUUAUAGACAAUGGUAAUAUUGGUGUAACUUUUUCUCCAAGAUUCUCUAGGAACCAGAAGUGAUGAACAUUUAUUGCAUUUAUAUGUGUUAUACAUUAGUUUUCAUCAGUAUGAAUAUAAUUUUUACUUAAAAAUUUCCUUUGGGCUGGGGAUGUGGCUCAAGCGGUAGCGCGCUCACCUGGCAUGCGUGCGGCCCGGGUUUGAUCCUCAGCAUCACAUUCAAACAAAGAUGUUGUGUCCGCCAAAUACUAAAAAAUAAAUAUUAAAAUUCUCUCUCUCUCUCUCUCUCUCUCACUGUCUCUUUAAAAAAAAAAAAUUUCCUUUAAAGUGAGAAGUUUUACCAGAACUAAAGAAAUAAGAAGCUUAAAGUAUAUAGUCUAUUCUUAUUUCAUUUACCAGUAAGUGUAUUCACUUGUUGAUAAAUUCACUAAUUUAUUUAUGUAAAUAAAUCAUAUUAUUAUUAUUUAUGGUCUUUAUUCCACUUAGUAUAAUUUUGUGUGUCUGUGAGUGGUGCUGGGUAUUGAACACAGGGCCUCACACUCACUAGGCAAGCACUCCACCAUUGCUGUAUCCCUAACCCUUCAUACAUUUCUUUACAGAAAUAUUAAUAUAUUUCAUACCCACUUAGUAUAUUACAAAGUAUAUAGUAUAUAUAUUAUAUGCCAAAGAAUACCAAUUUUUUUAUAAAUUGCAAAAAAAAAAAAAAAAUCUCACUUCCAAAACACACGUGGUCUCCAAAGUUUUGGAUAAGAGAUUGUGGGCCUGAAAUACUUAACCUUAAGAGAUUUGUUUUGCAGAUCCAAUGAGAUUAUCAAUGUAAAGUGCCUAGUAUAAAAUAAAUACUCAUUAAAUGAUGUUGCUAUUACUAUUAUUUUAUUAUCCUACCCUUAAAAGUGUGGGGGAAAAAAGACCUUUCUGACAAUAGUUAAAUAAUUUAACCUAAUAUAAAUAAUGAUAAGCACUCUUCAAAUUUUAUCACCCUAAGAGAAGCUUUGGCAAUAUGCUGAUAAUAGGUACUUGAGUAUCUCCUAAUAUUUAUCCAGAGUUGGAAGGGUUUCCCACAUCAGAAGAUAAAACAUGUCAUGCCAUGUUGAACUACAUUUCAUGUAAAUAAAAUAUAUCCACUUCUAGUAUUCUCUUAUUCAUCAAAGAAAUAUUAAUAUUUCUAUCUGCUAAACAUUCCCUCAGCUCUCUCUGCCACAAACACCACAUAAGUAAGAACUAAAUCUCCCUUGUGAUCAAGGGUUCUUAACCCUCCUUGUGUAACCUCAGCUAUCAUAAGAAUUUGAACAUAACAGAAUAAAUAAAAUUUGUAUUCUAUAAAUAAGGGUAUUCUUAGCCUGAUGAAUGUGAAUUGAUUCCAGAUAGCCUGGUCUUUAUAGAAUUUGUUCAUUUAAAAUAUAAAAUUUAUUACUUUUCUUUUAUUAUAAAAGAAUACAUAAGAAUUCUAGAAAAUGGAAAAUGUGGUUUUUAAAGAAGGAAAUAAAAUUAUCCCCAAUCUUAUAA